UUCACUCUCUCCCUCUAGCAAAAGCCAUGCAUGAUCACAUGGAUGAGCCACCAAGUGAUCAUGGCACAUCGGAUCAAAACCGGCGUAAGGGCCCCAGAAAGCGUGUUGCAGGGGCCGUGGAGCCGUCAGUCUCGACGACUCUUGUGGCAUCCACGGCCCCUUGUGGUGCAUGCAAGUUCUUGAGAAGAAAAUGCAUCAAUGGGUGCGUUUUCGCUCCCUAUUUUGGCUCUGACCAAGGCGCGGCUCGGUUUGCGGCCGUGCACAAGGUGUUCGGAGCCAGCAAUGUGUCUAAGCUAUUGUUGCACAUUCCUGCUAACCGGCGGCAAGAUGCAGUGGUUACUAUAACUUAUGAGGCUCAGGCUAGGCUCUCCGAUCCUGUUUAUGGCUGUGUGUCAGCCAUUCUUGCUUUGCAACAACAGGUGGCAUCCUUACAAUCAGAGCUAGCAUUAGUGCAGACACAGCUAAUGAACAGCAGAUAUGCAGUGGCAACUGUCUUUCAAACUUCACAACAACAACACCAACAACAACCACAAGAACAACACGUUGCAAUUCUACAGCCAAGUUACUCAAACAAUUCCUCUGUUUCAAACAACAACCUGAUCAACAAUAUCAAUAGUGUCAGCAAUUUCAAUAACUCUUUUGCUUUUGAUCAUCAGCUGCAUGGAUCAGAUACCUGUACUGCUAAUAACUCUCCAAGUUUUGACCCAAUUCAUCAACUCCAUGAUGAAGAUGAUGAGGAGGAGGAAGAGAGCCAUAAUCCACUUGCUUUUACUAAUCACAUGUUUCAUUGAGUAUAGUGUGUUACAAGAACAAAAAGAUAAUCACACUACACACCUUUAAUUUAAAAGUCUUGUUUUACAAAUAAUUGAGAUGUUUUAAUUACCAUGUCCAUAGAAAGUUAACUAUAUAUAUAUAGUAGACAAGAAUAUUUCAUUG